AUGAAGAAAGCAGAGUUGGUAUUCAUCCCUUCGCCAAUGCUGAGCCACCUUAUCUCCACCGUGGAGAUGGCCAAACUGUUGCUCCAAAAGGAUGCCCGCAUCUCCAUCACUGUUUUAAUCAUGAAGCUUCCCAAUGAUACGGUUCUUGAAAGUUACACACAAAAACUCUCCGCCGCCACCGACCCCUGCUCUCGUCUCAAGCUAAUAAACCUUCCCGGCCAAGAUGAAAUGAUGCCCAUGAAAUCAGAGACCUUCCUCUUUGAUUUUAUUGAUAGCCAAGUGAUUCCUGAUUUAACACAAUAUAAAAAUUCCGAUAUCGAAUUGCUCGUGCCGUGUUUUUCAAGCCCGAUUCCGGCUAAGGUCUUGCCGUAUGUAUUCGUAGAGGACGCGCCCAAGUCGAAGACAUUCUUGGGCUCUUUCAAGAAAUUCAGAGAGACAAGAGGGAUUAUGGUUAACACAUUUUCUGAGCUUGAAUCCUAUGCUAUUCAAGCUUUGAGUACUGAUGCAAACACUCCAAAAAUUUAUCCAGUAGGGCCUAUAUUGAAUUCGAAUGAUAAUAAUUCCCCCGAAAAUGUAUCAGAAGAACUCAUUUUAGAUUGGCUAGACAAUCAAUCUGAGUCUUCAGUUGUGUUCUUGUGCUUUGGGAGUAUGGGAAGUUUUGAUGAGUGUCAAGUGAAGGAAAUAGCUACUGCACUUGAAAAUAGUGGACAAAGAUUCUUAUGGUCCUUAAGAAGGCCUCCUCCAAAGGAUAAGAUGGAACUUCCAAAAACAUAUGAUGAUCCUCAAGAAGUAUUACCAGACGGGUUCAUAGAGAGGACAAAAGGGGUUGGGAAAGUGAUCGGAUGGGCACCACAGAUGGCCGUGCUGUCCCAUCCAGCGGUGGGUGGAUUUGUGUCGCAUUGUGGUUGGAAUUCGACAUUAGAGAGCGUGUGGUGUGGUGUGCCGAUGGCUACUUGGCCAUUGUUUGCUGAGCAACAACUGAAUGCAUUCCAAUUGGUUAAGGAAUUGGGAAUUGCAGAGGCUAUCAGAAUAGACUACAGGAGAGCUUUCAAGGCGGAGAAUCCCAUGGAUAUUGUUCGAUCGGAGGAAAUAGAGUUGGGAAUAUCGAGGUUGAUGGGAAACAAUGGCAAGAAUGAAAUGAAACAGAAGGUGGCUGAAUUGAAGAACAAAAGCAGGAUGGCUUUGCAAGAAGUUGGAUCUUCUUACACUGCUCAGAGUCUUUUCAUUGAGGAUGUAAUCAAUGGCAUUGCUUAA